GACAAGGAGGGAUAGAGAGGAGGAAAAAGGAGACGUAGAUAGGAGACAAGGAGGCAUAGAGAGGAGACAUGGAGGACGUGUUGUAAGCGUUAACAGAACGACUAAAUAGCUUCCGUUAGCCUUCGUGCUAACUGACCGCCCCGUUCCCAGUCAACCCGCUAAAGGCUAACUGGGAACGGCGCUAGUUCCCCAUUAAAAGCCGUCGUAUAAGCUAACGGUAGAGCGGUUACCGGAGGAAACCAGUCUACCGUACAGAGCUACCGGUCUAACCGCAGUGGAGCUACCGGUCCACAGUACAGAGAUACCGGUCUAACCGUAGAGGAGCUACCGGUCUACCGUACAGAGAUACUGGUCUACCGUACAGAGAUACCGGUCUAACCGUAGAGAAGCUACCGGUCUAACCGUAGAGGACCUACCGGUCUACCGUACAGAGAUACUGGUCUACCGUACUGAGAUACCGGUCUAACCGUAGAGGAGCUACCGGUCUAACCUUAGAGGAGCUACCUGUCUAACCGUACGGAGCUACCGGUCUAACCGUAGAGAAGCUACCGGUCUAGCCGUAGAGGUGCCGGUCUACCGUACAGAGCUACCGGUCUACCGUAGAGGAGCUACCGGUCUAACCGUAGAGGAGCUACCGGUCUUCCGACGGAAGAGUCUGUUCUCCUCAACAACAUGGCUAUCCUAGAAGAUCCACAUUAACACACAGUCUCACACACACACACACACACACACACACACACACACACACACACACACACACACACACACACACACACACACACACACACACACACACACACACACACACACACACACACAGACUGAAGACAGUGUGUGGGGGGGGGGUGCUGCCCAUGAAUUCACCAAACACCUCCGAGAUGGAGACCAUGCAGAGUUCUGUUGGAGUUCUGCCUUCAGCAGGAGCCCCGGUGGACCUGCGUAUGGAGCCCAGGUCGGGGGCCCUCCCGGCAGGGGCCCUGCCGUCGGGGGCCCUGCCCUCGGGGGGUCUCGGGGGCCUCCUUCUCCGUCUGGACGCGGGCCAGCGGGAGCAGCGGCUGCAGCAGGAGCUGGAGGCGCUGAAGAAGAGCCAGGAGCUGCAGAAACAACGGCUGUUCGCCGACUUCCAGAAGCAGCAUGAGGUCCUGACCCGGCAGCACGAGGCGCAGCUGCAGGAGCACCUCAAGCAGCAGCAGGAGGUGCUGGCAGCAAGGCGACAGGAGGAGUUGGAGCAGAGGAGGCAGCAGGAGCAGCAGGAGGAGCAGGAGAAACUCCAUCAGCAGCUCCUCCUGCUGAGGCACAAGGACAAGACCAAAGAGAGUGCCAUCGCCAGUUCUGAGGUGAAGUUGAAGCUUCAGGAAUUUCUGCUGAACAAGAAAGAACCUGCUAUCAAUCACUGGGGCAUCUCUCUGGACCAGCGGUCCCCCCCCUCCUACAGACUGCCCCCCCUGCUGGCCUGCGAUGGGAAGGACGACUUCCCACUCCGCAAGACCGCCUCGGAGCCUAACCUGAAGGUGCGCUCGCGGCUGAAGCAGAAGGUGGCGGAGCGGCGCAGCAGUCCGCUGCUCCGCAGGAAGGACGGGACCAUCAUCAGCACCUUCAAGAAGAGGGCGGUGGAGAUAUCUGUGGCGGCUCUGAGCUCCAGCGCCCCGGGCUCCGGGCCCAGCAGCCCCAACAGCUCCACCACCGCCAUCGCCAACGGCAACACCGGAUCAGUGCCCAACAUCCAGACGGAGCUCCGCUCUCUGCACCAGACCCUGGGGGGCGACGGCGGGGGGCCCAGCCUGCUGCUCUACACCUCUCCCUCCCUGCCCAACAUCUCCCUGGGCCUGCCCGCCAUCACGGUUCCUCAGAAGCUGACGAGCCACCAGGAGGCGGAGAUCCAGGCCGUCCAAUCCCUGCGAGGGGGUGGAGCCCUGACAGGGAACUUCCUCUCCACUUCAUGUCUGCCAGCAGGGACGGGUCAUGAUGGGGACAGCCCCCAGGCCACGCCCCCCAGCUCCCAGGCUCCUCCCCCUAGUGCUCACUCCUCCCUCCUGCAGCACGUCCUGCUGCUGGAGCAGGCCAGGCAGCAGAGCGCCGCCCUGCUGGCCGUUCCCAUGUACAGCCAGUCGCCGUUGGUUACAGCAGAGAGGGGUAUGUCGUCGGGGAGGGGCGUGGCCUUGGGCCGGGCCGUCAACAAGCUGCCACGCCAUAGGCCACUCGCUCGUACCCAGAGUGCACCUCUUCCCCAGACCCCCCAGGCCCUCCAGCAGCUGGUGGUUCAGCAACAGCACCAGCACUUCCUCGAGAAGCACCGCUACCUACACAACAAGAUCUUAGCCAAGGGGGCGGAGAUCGCCAGGCCUCCGCCCACUCACCCAGAGGAGACGGAGGAGGAGUUAACAGAGACCAAUGACAUGCAAGAGGAGGAACUCCCUCCCGCCACACACAGCCUGCUGAAGGAGGUGUCGGAGGAGGAGGGCGGGGAGGUGCCAGGGGGCGUGGUCGUGAAGGGGGAGAGCACGGAGAGCGAGCUGGACGAGGAGGAGGAGGAGGAGGAGGAGGAGCAGGAGUAUGAUGAAGAUGAGGGAGCCAACUUCACACAGCAGAUGGGUCUGUUCCACACACUUCUGGGCAGAACUCGGUCCUCUCCGGCCUCGGGCCACUCCCCUAUCAAACACUUGUUCACCACAGGGCUGGUGUAUGACAGCCUGAUGCUGAAGCAUCAGUGUGUGUGUGGGAACACACAGAUCCACCCGGAGCACGCAGGCCGUGUCCAGAGCAUCUGGUCGCGGCUGCAGGAGACCGGGCUGCUGACGCGUUGUGAGAGGGUCCGGGGGCGAAAGGCCACGCUGGACGAGGUCCGGACGGUCCACUCUGAGUUCCACACGCUGCUCUACGGAACCAGCCCCUUAAACCGCCACAAACUGGACCACAAGAAGAUACUGGGUCCAAUCAGCAACAAGAUGUAUGCACAGCUGCCCUGCGGCGGGAUAGGGGUGGACAGUGACACCGUGUGGAACGAGAUGCAUUCCUCCGGCGCCGUCCGGAUGGCGGUGGGGUCGCUCAUAGAGCUGGCCUUCAAGGUGGCAGCCGGGGAGCUGAAGAACGGCUUCGCUGUUGUCCGCCCCCCGGGUCAUCAUGCUGAGGAGUCCACCGCCAUGGGGUUUUGUUUCUUCAACUCCGUCGCCAUCACAGCCAGACUGCUGCAGCAGAAACUCGGAGUCAAGAUCCUGAUAGUGGACUGGGAUAUUCACCAUGGCAAUGGGACCCAGCAGGCCUUCUACAGCGACCCCAGCAUCCUCUACAUCUCCCUGCAUCGCUACGACGACGGAAACUUCUUCCCUGGCAGUGGAGCACCCGAGGAGGUGGGCUCUGGUCCUGGGGUGGGCUAUAACGUGAACGUGGCCUGGACCGGGGGGGUGGACCCCCCUAUGGGGGACGUUGAGUACCUGACCGCCUUCAGUACUCUGGUGAUGCCGAUCGCCCAGCUCUUCAGUCCAGACGUGGUCCUCGUCUCCGCCGGCUUCGACGCCGUCGAGGGACAUCAGUCCCCUCUGGGGGGGUACCGGGUCUCUGCUAGAUGUUUCGGCAGGUUAACCCAGAUGCUGAUGGAGCUGGCGGGGGGGAGGGUGGUGCUGGCGUUGGAGGGGGGUCACGACCUCACCGCCAUCUGUGACGCAUCAGAAUCCUGCGUCUCUGCUCUGUUGGGCGACCAGGUGGACGAGGUGUACCAGGCUGUGGUGAAGGAGAUCUGUCCGGAGGCCGCUAUCUCCUUGGAGCGAGUGAGACUCAUCCAAAGUGAGCACUGGCCGAGUCUGCAGAAGAUGCAUCACAACGUCUCUCCCUCCCUAUUGGAUGGCCAGCAGGGCUCUCCGAGCCAAUCAGAAGUGGCGGCUCGCAAGGAGGAGGCGGAGACUGUGAGUGCCAUGGCGUCGUUGACCGUGGACGUCACGCAGGCCGGCUCCGCCUCCGUCACCAUGGAAACCAGCAGGUCCACAGAUGAGCCAAUGGAGGAAGAGCCUGUCUUGUAGGAGGGGCUUAAGCAGGACGUCACCAGCACUCCUUUCCUCAUCACACAAGGGGACGACGGGAUUGUCUGGAGGGGCAGACAGGAGAAGGCGGGCCUGUGACCAUGUUGUAACCAUGGAAACGAGGGAAGUGAUAGUACAGACACAACUUCCUAAACAUUCUCUCUCUCUCUCUCUCUCUCUCCCUCUCUCUUUCUCUUUAGAUGACAGACAGGAAGUGGGAUUGGUUUCCGAGGUUGCUGGUUCUAUUGCCUUAAAAUGACACUGACUUUCUUCUCCUGUUUUGAUUGGUUCACCUGCCCUCUGUAAGCCACGCCCCCAGAGGCUUUUAGAACACUGUUAUUUUGUUAUGUCACUUCAUGUGCUUCCUGUUUUGUUGUUGCCCACGGUUACGCCAAAAGCCAGUGAGUGUUAUGUCUUCUUAAACCGUGAAAUAUGAAACCUGUUUGAUGUUUUACACACGAGGAGAACCAACACACACACUGUCACACACUCACACUCUCACGCACACACACACUGUCUCACACUCUCACGCACACACACUGUCUCACACACACAGACACUCUGUUUCUAGUUUUGAUCGUCUGUCUUUUCCUGGGAAAUGUAUUAAUGUAUUAAUGUAUUAAUGCAAUUUAAUUUAAUACUGAAAAGCACAUUCCUGACCCCGCCUCCCUCCCUCUCUCUCCCUCCCUCCCUCCCUCUCUCUCUUCGUUGGUGUUUUAUGGCUGAGUUCUAUAGUUAGUAGUAUACUGUAUAUACUCUAUAGUUAGUAGUAUACUGUAUAUACUCUCUACUCUAUAGUAUAGUAAAGUGUAUAUAAGUACAGAUUUGUGUCAAACACACUGUCAGUCAUGUGACUUCUGUUCCGCCCCCAGCGGCCUGUCAAUCAAACAAUAAACCAACCAGUGCUUAA